AUGGCUCCCCCCACCAAGCGAAGCUACGCAUCCAUCGCUCUGGAAGUCAUUCGCAACUUCUUCAACGGCAACCCUGCGGGACUGCUUACUACAGGAUAUGCAUGCUAUAUCCGUCGGUCCGACUACAGCGAGCUUCAACGCCUUCUGGAAGACGACCCUGAGUUACAAGACUUCGCUUUCCGCAAGCUCCGGCUCAUCUACAGACCAAGCAGCAGGAAGCUUUCGUACGACCUCAUCAGCUCUGUCCACGAGACAAUUUGCCUGCAACUGAACAAGAGCAUGCACAAUCAACUAUCAGCCAUCGAGAGGAAAUGGAAAUUGCCCGACAUCAAUGGCAAGCCUCACCUGAACCUGGCGAAGCUGAUUGUACCCCACAGCAUCACGCCAAUCAUACAGGGGGAGCAUCCGAGGAAGAAGAAGUCGCCAGACGCGAACUUGCUGUUCUACGCUUGGGACCCACCCCAGUCUUGCUUCGCUCUCGAGGUCGCUAGCUCUCAACGAUAUGAGCACGUAAAGAGCACGGUCAUGAAUUCCAUGGAAGAGACCGGUGGCAGGCCUGGAUUAGUCCUGGUCAUCACCACCAACUACAACAGACCGAAGGCGAAGACGACUGACAACACGACCAUAUUCUCCCUCUUCCAGACAUACGAUAAGACACAGACCGACGGGUCAGUCAGUCGCAUGAUAGGCUACAAGAAGCGGAAGCAGGUCAUCUGCGAGUCAAGCGGCAAGCCCAGCGACGGCGUCAUCUCAUUCACCGUCAAAGAGAUGCUGGGUCCGGCCAACAAAAACAUCUAUCAACCCAAACUUGAUUCGAAUAAUCCUAUCGUCGCCACAAACACGGCAAAGCUUCUUGAUGAGAAGAUCACGUUCACAUAUGCCGACAUCGCGAACUGGAGGAAGAAAGGUGAGAAGCUGUCACGUAGGAACAAGGACUCCCUCUGA